AUGUUCAUAUCGAAUACGAAAUCCUUUUCAUCAGAUCCACGGACUGUGCAAAAUCUUUUUCAAUUUAUUGAAAAUGCAAUGAAUUCUCGAUCUAUAACUAAUACUGAUAAACGAUUAGAGAAACACACACUCUGUGCAGACCUAGCUGUGAUUGGACUUGAUAUAAUAAUUAAGAAAGCAAUAGAUAUGGAACAAGAGAGUUAUAAAUCAAAAUUAAAAAAUUCAAUCAAUGAAAUGAAGAAACGAAAAGAAAAUUUAUUGGAACAAUGUAGUGCUAUGAAUAAUUCAUUCGAAUUAGGACAAACACUAGCUAAAACAAUUGGAGACCAGAUCAUUACUGAUAUUGGUCGCCUUUUACAACGUAGAAUUGUAAAAGAUAUAAAUGAAGAUAUCGUUAAAAGUCAAUUUAUUAAUCAUGAAGCUAAACAAAAACAAGCCUAUGAAGAAAGUAUAAGUCAAGCCAAUGGUGAAAAUAUUCUUAAAUAUGUUUAUGAUAUAAAUCGUUAUUUUAUUGAAUUGAGCUUACAAGAAAUCAAAACAACAUUACAUGUUGUAACACAUAGUCAUACAUUAAAUUUUGAACAUUUGAUUCUUUUGAUCAUCGAUAAAGCGAAGAAGGUUGUUCUAGAAAGUGACUAUAAAGACACAUGCAAAUUAAAAAAUGAUAUAGAGACAGCGAUUCUUACUUUACCUGAUUUAAAACUAGAAGAAUCAAUUGAUAAAACAUUAUUUAAAGUAUUCUUUCUGAAUAAUCUGCUUUAUGUGCCAAUCCAAGAUAUUGAUCUAUUUAAACAAGGGUUUUCAAAUAUUUGCGACUAUUACAAAGACAUUAAAAAGCGAGUUGCAGAUUUAACAAAAAAUAUAAAAGCUGAAGCAUUCAAAAGUUGUAAACGAAACAUCUCAAAAAGGCUUGGAUGUCAAGCGCGAUGUCCUGGAUGUGGUGCUAAAUGCAGUAAAUCUGAACCUCAUGACGAAGAAGAGGUGGAAGUCUGGCAUGAUUUAUGUGAGAAAUGUUCACCUAACAAUUGCACUUGUCAACGUUCGAAUUCAAGUUCUGUAAAAACUCAUGAAACUACAUAUCAUUUAGCAAGUGCAUUUAAUGCAUGGAUAUACAUUAAAUCAAAGAAACCAUGUCUUGAAGUAUGCUAUCAACAUUGGACAACAGGAACGGUUGCUGUAUUGAAAAGUGCUCAGUCGUCUGACUCAAGUGAUGAAAAGAAGGAAGAUGACGAUGAGUAUGAAUAUAUAUUUCCGCGAGCUAAAUAUUUCAACACAAAGUAUCCAGCCUGGUACAAUAAUUUAAAAAAGCUAUCAGCCGAAGGCGAUGGAUGUAAGGAAUCGAUUCCACCACCUGAUCAAAGACGUGCUUGGAUGGUAGUUCGUCACACUAUUGUUAAUCAUCAUAAAGAUAGAAUGGUUGACAAUGAAGAAUAUGAUAAUAAAUUAUAUCCGUCGAAUGAUGAAAGUUUACCAGCAGAUUUUGAGCCAAACUGGAAGGAUAUAGAUUUUGCAUGA